AUGGACUCUGCGACCGCUUCUGGUGCUGCUAAUGCAGCUACAGAGUUGGAUUCGGUCUUGAAGCAGCGGAGAGCUGUGGAUGCUGUCAACGACGAGCAGUUGGUCGAAGAGACUGACGAGGUUGAGAGGGAGCAUUUGGAGAGUGCGGGCAGUGCAGGGGACGCAAUUUCGCUCCACAGCCUGGAAAGUGUGGCGAUGCCCGUCAUCUUCACCCUUUUGGCGAUCUUUGUCAGAAUGUACAAGAUUGGCGCCAACAAGCACGUUGUGUGGGAUGAGGCGCAUUUCGGUAAGUUUGGUUCGCAGUACUUGAGGCACGAAUUCUACCACGACGUUCACCCACCGCUGGGGAAAAUGCUUGUCGGACUGUCAGGGUAUAUUGCUGGGUACAACGGUUCGUUCUCCUUCACUUCCGGUGAGGAGUACCCAGAGUACGUCGACUUCGUGAAGAUGAGAAUCUUUAACGCGGCGUUUUCGGCGAUGUGCGUCCCCGUGGCGUACUUUACAGCAAAGGCAAUUGGGUUUUCACUGCCAGUGGUUUGGUUCUUCACAAUCACGGUCCUGUGUGAAAACUCGUACACUACACUGGGGAGAUUCAUCCUCUUGGAUUCCAUGCUACUGUUCUUCACAGUCACUUCGUUCUACUGCUUUGUCAAGUUCCAUAACGAGAGGAAGGCGCCAUUCGCUUUGAACUGGUGGAAAUGGCUAUUACUUACCGGGUUCAACCUUGGUUGCGCGAUCUCGGUCAAGAUGGUCGGCUUGUUCAUCAUCACUUUGGUAGGAAUCUACACGGUGGUCGACCUGUGGAAUUUCCUCGGUGAUAAGGGAAUGUCUUGGAGACGCUACUUGAGCCACUGGGCCGCGAGGAUCAUUGGCCUGAUUAUGAUCCCCAUGGCCGUGUUCAUGUUCUCGUUUUAUAUCCACUUCAAACUGCUGUCGCAUUCAGGUUCCGGGGACUCCAACAUGUCGUCCCUUUUCCAAGCCAACUUGAUUGGGUCUGACGUCGGGAGAGGGCCCCGUGACGUCGCAGUUGGAUCCUCCUUUGUCACGUUUAAGAACCAGGCGCUUGGUGGGCAAUUGCUGCAUUCCCAUGUCCAGCUGUACCCAGAGGGCUCCGGACAACAACAAGUCACCGGUUACGGCUACAACGACUCCAAUAACGUGUGGUACUUCGACAGGGUCAGAGAAUCAACUCCCUGGAGCCGCAACGAAACAGAGGUUGAAUUGGUGACAGUGGGGGAACAGUACAGAAUUGUGCAUAACCUAACACACAGGAACUUGCAUUCCCACGAGGUACACGCAGCUGUAUCUUCAACAGAAUGGGAGGUCUCCGGGUAUGGUGACGACACUAUCGGUGACUUCAAAGAUUAUUGGGUUCUAGAGUUCAUGAACCAACCGGGCAAAGAAAACAAAACAGUCUUACACCCACUGACCACCUCUUUCAGAAUUAAGAAUACCUACAUGAACUGUUACCUUGCACAGACUAACGAACACUACCCAGAAUGGGGGUUUAGACAAAUGGAAAUCGCGUGUCUGAGAAACCCGUUCAAAAAGGAUAAGAGAACUUGGUGGAACGUCGAAACCAAUGAGGACGAAAGGUUGCCCGAUAGACCAGAUAACUUCAGAUUCCCUGGUACCAAUUUCUUCAAAGAUUUUGUUCGUUUGAACCUGGCAAUGAUGGCCAGUAAUAACGCAUUGAUUCCCGAGGAGGAUAAGUUGGACGUGCUGGCGUCUUCCGCUUGGCAGUGGCCCACUCUUUAUCUGGGACUGAGGAUUUGUUCGUGGGGGGACCAGUACAUCAAGUACUUCCUAUUGGGCACCCCUGUUUCGACAUGGGCGUCAUCACUCGCUGUUGUCGGGUUAUGUGUCGCAAUCGCCGUUCUUGUUCUAAGAUGGCAGAGACAGUACAAAAGCCUCAAAUCGGAACGCUCGCUGAACUUGUUCCUGAUGGGCGGACUGUACCCACUGUUGGCGUGGGGGUUGCACUACGCACCAUUUGUCAUCAUGUCUCGUGUCACUUACGUCCACCAUUACCUGCCAGCGUUGUAUUUUGCAUUGAUCAUCCUUGCAUACAGUCUACAAGUUGCGAUGGACCGCUUGAACCGCUCGACUUUGGGCAGGACGAUGGCAAAGGCGUUAUUUCUUCUGGCCUCCGCCAGUGUCGUCCUCUGCUUCAUCCACUUUAGUCCAAUGUCGUUCGGUAUGGAGGGACCAGCCCGUGACUACAGUUACCUGAAGUGGGUUUCCACUUGGGACAUUUACAACUGA